CGGUAAGUCAAAGUUAAUUUCUUUUACUAAGUUGAAAAUUUGAUAUCAAGACAAGGCAUAGGUAUUAACAGAAAGCUGCCACUUGACGCCACCUAAAGAAAACAAAGUUUUCAAUCAAAGGGAAGGUAAGGUAUUAUCUCUACGAGAGUGGCAAAUGGCUUCAUCAGGAAGCUUUUUGCAGGCCACAGCUAUAUAAUAAUAGCAGAAGACCACAACCUACCGAGAAAGAAAGUCAUAAUUAACGAAAUUUGUACUCUUGUCGGUAUUGGUACAAGUCAACAGAGAUCACAAUUAGCAUUGUCCUAUUUAUAAAUGAUGUGCAUUGAGCAUGAUAACUUCUCCCCAUUUUUGUUGAUAGUAAACUUAAAGUGGGACUCUAGAGUUUGAAGCAUAGAUGGGAAAGGCAAGCAAAUGGAUCAGAAACUUUUUGAUAGGAAAAAAAGAUGUCCAAAAGAAGAAUGAUUAUUCAUCUCAUUCUACAGAGUAUCAAUUAGCAAAGAUUGGGAGCAAACCAGGAACUCCAAAGGUUAAGCGGAGGUGGAGCUUUGGGAAGUCAGCAGGCAAAGGAGUAAGUCACAAGUUUUCCAGGUCGUUGGACUUCAUUGAACCUAGUAAACUCCCGGUUCAAGUUCCGGCAGAACAAUCUGGGACUCGCCGGAAUCACGCUAAGGCUUUGGUGGUGAUUCGAGGACAUAUUGAAAAUGAUUCCGCCACCAAGAUUCAAGCUGCUUUUCGCUCUUAUCUGGCAAAGAAAGCCUUACAUGCGUUGAGGGGUCUAGUGAAGUUACAAGCACUUGUAAGGGGUCAUAUUGUGAGAAAACGAACAGCUUCUACAUUGAUGCGCAUGCAUGCUUUGAUGUCAAUCCAAGUGAGAGCUCGAGUUCAGAGAGUUCAAAUGGCAGAGGAAGCAGAGCUUGUUGUUAGAAGUCAAUUACGCAAUGAUGUUUCUGAGGACUACAGAAGGAAAGUCAAUACAAAUACCAACGAAACUAGACUAGUUUCAAAAAGCUCAAGUGAUUAUCUGAACCGUGCACAGAUUGAGGCCCUUUAUUCUGGACGACUUUCAAUCUCGAAACGAUAUCAGUACGAGGAGUGUAGCUUCAGCACAGCAGAGAACAGUCCUCGAAAUCACUCGGCCAUGUCCAGAAGAAGUCCGACAGCGGCCUCGUCUCCACUUCAACAGCCUAAUUAUCCAGAUUUCAUGCCUUAUGGCUAUCCAAACUACAUGACCAACACGAAAUCUUCAAGGGCUAAAGUCAGAUCUCAGAGUGAACCAAGGCAAAGACCAAAGUUCAGUCCGAAGCAGAAAAACAAGCAGACAGAAAUGGCUGAUGGAAUGUAUGACCGUGAAGAUUAUCAACUAAUAAAACGCUCAUCUUCACAGUGCAAAUUCGAUAGCGAGGAAAACCAUGAUUCCUGGUUUCUUAAACUCUACCGGACAAAAAAAUCAUCGAAAAACCAGUUUGAUUCUGUUAACACAAACACUAGUCGGUCCAACAACUAUUUCGAGCCUUUUUCUGGAUAUGAGCCCAAUUUCAAUUUGUUCUAAUUUGAGAAUGCAAGUUGCUAGAGCUCGAUAAGAGCCCAGAAGGGAGUAAUUGCAGCAGGAGACUAUACUGGUGAAGAUAACUCAUUCCUAAUUGUAUUUAAUUAAUGGGUUUAACAUCAGUGCUGGCUUUUCAUUGCAACAUUUGGAAAUUUAGAACUGUUUCCUUUAACUUAAUGUUU